AUGUUGGCUCCGUCCGUCCAUCCGCUCCUCUGGCUGUUCGGCUGCGUGCUGUUCCGAGGUACCACGACCACCACAGACUCCUCUGUCCAUGCUGUAACAGGUCAAUCCCAAUCAACGACACACAGCCCUGAAGUAAAGAACCAUACCUCAGAGCCUUCGGUAAAAUCAACACCACCAGCCGAUUUGAAUCUCACAUCUGUGGGUCAAACUCCUACAGCCAAAUCCUCUUCCAACGCUACAACACCGCUAGCAUUGACUGUGCCAGAUGAAAAGUCUAGUGGAAGCAGAAGCACAGCAGCUUCACCAACUCAAGGUCAAGAGCCCAAGAGAAGCGAGAGUGCCGCAACAUCAGUGACUCGAGGUGCUUCCUCCCUUCUUACACAGAGAGACGCCUCAAAGCCAGUCACCCCAACACUGAACUCCUCUGACUACUUGCCUGUGCCCACUCCAACAGAUGAUAAAUCACCACUGACGGUGGCAGCUUUUGGUGUCAUCAGCUUCAUCGUUAUCCUGAUCGUGGUUGUGAUCAUCCUGGUCAGCGUGGUCAGCCUGAGGUUCAAGUGUAACCGCUCCAAGGACGCAGAAGACAAACAGAAACCAGGGACCUCCAUGGUAUCAGAGAGCUGCUCGGCAGGCGCAAGCCAGAAGGAUAACAGCAUCACUCUGAUCUCGAUGAAGAACAUCAACAUGAACAACAGCAUGAGUUACCCACCGUCAGAAAAG